AUGGAGGCACGCUCUUUUCUCCCGACCUCUUUUAACCGUUUAGCCCAUGUCCCCUCGACACUACCCUCAGAAUCUCCUAUUCCCAUCCUCUCCAAAAUAUAUCCUUUGCCCCUUGUCUUGGGCGCACUCGAGCAAAUACACACACAAGCAUGCACACGCACGAUUGCUUUGCUGCGUCCCUGCUGGCUUGGGAGAACUCCUCUUCGACCCAUUGGCUCUGGUCUGACCCCUUUUUGGUUGAACCAGACUCAUGCCUCCCCCACCAUUGUCUCAGCUCAACUCGUCUUUCUCAUCCUCAGUCUGCUCCCGGUCGGCAUAAGUCUUUUCCUACUUCUCUCAUGUGAACUUCGGCUUAGAAUUCGCUCUAUAGCAGUUGUUCACAGGCUCUGUCGGCCUGUCAAGCUGCCAUAG